UCAGCGCGGGCGCGACAAGCCACCCGCGAGCCGCACACGUCAUGGAUAUGAGUUUUCGGCCACGCGCAAAACGCGCCGGAGCCAAACACAGCGUCCGGAACACUGGGUUCCUGGCCGGAGCGAAUGCACCGAGGGCGGCUAGUGUUUGUGCAGGGGUGUUGCGUUGUUGGGCUGCUCCUUCGGGAACCGCAUCGAGAUGACACAGGGGGCGCCCUGACGUCAGGUGGAAGCGUUGGGUUCGUGGGCGAAUUCAUGACGGCGUGGAUGAACGGGCGUGAGUGGCUGGUAGGGUUGGCGUUGUGCAAGAGCGGUUCGUGUAUAUAAAGCCAAGGGAACUAACGUGAUUGUUGAGGGAAGUAGAACCAUCAUCAACCAAAGCGACGAGACUAGACUUCAAAGCCUUUUUCUUUGACCAAAUCUACACCACACCACACCACAACCACAUACCCAACCUCCAAAACACUGCAAUCAUGGGUGGAGUCGUCUCUUGUAUCAAGGCCGCGCUGCGCACUAUCGGCGACGCCAUCAUGGCUGUCAUUAGCGGCAUCGGCGGCAUUCUCCAGGCCAUCAUCAGCGCCAUUGUCCGCUUCUGCGGUAUCAUCGUGCGCUUCCUCACCUGCGGCUACUGCGGCAGCAAGCGACAUGGAGGAGGCACGAGAACGUCGAGAAGAAGCCGAGUAUAAAGCGGCUCCCUGCUUCAACUCUGGUUGUCGAAGGGGACAGGAGGAGGCGUGUUGAAAUGUCACGAGAUGGACGACUUUGCUGUUUUCUUUGCUUCCUAUGCGCCUAGUGGGAUACCCAAUUCUUAUCACCGGCCGCAAGAAUACCCCUUAUACCAUGCUAGUUUCUCAAUAGCAACAAAUGAAUG